AUGUCGAUGUUCACCGGUGUGUCCAUCGUCGAUGGCGACAAGCAGAGCUCCUGCGACACGUCGGCCAUCUACGCUGGUGAUGCGGACAGCGGGUACCACCUGCUCAUGGUCCGGGGCUACUUGCGCACCAAAGAGGAGUUACCCACGGGCGAGAGUGCCCGCACCGGUCUUUUCACAAUGGGAGGACAUGAUUGGUACGUCGAGUACUACCCCAACGGCAUAAACAAGGACUGCGCUGACUUCAUCUCUCUUGAUGUUACCCUUCUCUUUGAUGACGACGACGAUCCUUUCGACAUGGUUGUGGAGGCCAAGGUCAGUUUCAGUCUCAUCGACCAGGUUGAGAAGCAGAAUCUGAUGUACAUUUGUCAAGUUAGAAAGACCAGCACCUUCUCAAGCAGUGCUAUUUGCUGGGGUUGUGACAAGUUUGUGAGAAGGGACGCCCUCGAACGAUCAUCUGAUCUAAAGGGUGAUUGUUUCACCAUCCGGUGCGACAUCAUGGUCGUCCGCAAGGAUUCCAAAAGUCAGGACGCCCUGGCUGACAUGAACCAGCAUUUUAGCAAUCUCCUUCAAACCAAGGUGGGUGCAGACGUGACAUUCGAGGUCAGCGGUGAGAGGUUUGCUGCACACCGGUGUGUGCUUGCGGCCAGGUCUAAGGUCUUCAUGGCACAGCUAUUUGGCCCCAUGAAGGAGACGUCCACCGUUAUACAGAUCAAAGACAUGGAAGCAACGGUGUUCAGGGCUUUGCUUAUCUUCAUCUACACAGAUAUAUUCCCAUUGAGAGAGGAGGAAAUCAUGGAGGAGGAUGAAAUGUCAGGAGUUAUGGAAGAGGCACAAGAAGACAAGCCAGCAAAGGAUGAAAUGACGCUGCAAUAUCUGCAAAACAUGUUUGUGGCAGCAGACAGGUUCGAUCUCCAGCGGCUCAAGUUCAUCUGUGAAAAGCGCUUGUCUGAACACAUAGGUGUGAGCUCGGUGAUGUACACUCUUGCUCUAGCCGAGCAGCACCAAUGCCAGGGAUUGAAGGAGGCGUGCUUGAAGUUUAUGCAAGUCCAGUCCCCCUCGUGCUUGCAACAAGUAAUGGCAACUAAUGGGUGGGAUCAUGUAGUUUCGACCUAUCCCUCGGUUUUGAAGGAGAUCAUUGCCAAGAUUGCUUUGAACCGGUGCAAGUAG